UUUGUUCGAGAGAGGGGGAAAAGUUCAUGUAAUCGUAAUGUAACGAACGACUGUACGUUUGUAGUGUGAGGAUGGGGAAUGUUGACCCGUGAGGGAGAAGGAAAGCGAAGUGUCAGACCAUUCUGCGUGUCAGAAAACGAGGAACUGGACAAGCUACAUGACGUCUACUUCACUUUGUUUCGAGUAUGCGCUAUUUUUAUCGGUAUACCGUUUAAGACCCAUACAGCAUGGAGUACAAAGAUAAUGGAUUGACUAGGGCAGUGAUUCGAAGUAGUAUGGCGUCCAAUUUUUUAGCGCCUGUAAAGACAGAUCAACAAAUAUAUGAAAAUUCAAUGUUAGAGGAUGACCCAAACGCAAAUUCAGCCGUAACCCACGAAGAAAAAAUAAAGCCAAGAUGGGGUCCCCAUCACAAAGGAGCUCAGGAGCUAGCAAAUCUUUACAGCAGAGGAAAGCGUACACAAGAAUGCAUCUGCGUUGGAAUCUGUAUAACUUUGAUGGCGGUAAACUUCUACUUUAUUGUUAUCCAUUUUCGGUUGGAGAAUCUGAGUACCAUUGUGGUAGCAGCACUGUGUGGGAUCAUCACAGCUGACUUGAGUUCAGGACUUGUUCACUGGGGUGCAGACACAUGGGGUUCAGUGGAAUUGCCCAUCAUUGGCAAGAAUUUCCUUCGGCCGUUUCGUGAGCAUCACAUUGACCCAACAUCCAUCACGAGGCAUGAUUUCAUUGAAACUAAUGGGGAUAACUUCAUGGUGACGAUCCCUUUCUUGGGACGGAUGACAUGGCACUUCAUUACUCUUUCAGAAGAAGAGGUCCAGAAGAAUUUCUCAUGGAGCUGUUACUUAUUUCUUCUUGCGAUAUUUGUAGCCAUGACUAACCAGAUUCACAAGUGGUCCCAUACUUACUUCGGCUUGCCAUCGUGGGUAGUGUUCCUCCAAGAGUACCACGUGAUUUUACCGCGUCGUCACCAUCGAAUUCACCACGUUGCCCCACAUGAGACGUACUUCUGCAUUACAACUGGCUGGCUCAACUGGCCUCUUGAAAAGAUUUGUUUCUGGCAGAUGCUCGAGUGGAUAAUAGAACAAGUGACCGGGUGUCGGCCAAGGGCUGAUGACAUGAAAUGGGCUCAGAAACGAGCGUGAGGCUGAGCCACUAUACAAGCCAGUCAUAUUCAUACACAUUUAUUAUGUUAUUUUACAGAUGCCCGUGAAUUGAAAGGACAAAAUAGCAAACCCUUUCUUCCCUGAAUGUUGCCAAGCCUUCACUGAGCAGCUGUGAAUUGAGUCCCGGUCGAUAUUUUUAUUAUGAGACGUAUUUAAAAUGUUAAUUUAUACUAGUCGAUUGAACAAUCAUUACCAUAUUGUAACUAUUUAUAAUGAGCCACUGUGCAAUGUAAAUACGAGUAUUGAGGGGAUGUAUAAAUAUACCUUCAGGGACCAAAGGGCGUGUAUAUAUUUCCAGUUCACUCAUUUAUGGCUGACAUGGAACAAUAUUGUCAUGCAGCCGAGACUGAUAUUCUUGACGAAUUCGAAAGUGAGAGAAAAUGGAUGUGCCGGUUCACUCACAAGAGGAACAAGUUGUUGCAUAUAAUAUGGAGCUUUUUAUACACAUUUCUAAUUAACUGAAUUUCUUUAUGAAAUUGUGACAUGUUAAGAAAUGAGAUGCCAUCAGCGAUCACAUUUUCAUCUGUUGAUUUAUUUUCUUGUCAUUUCCUUUGUAUCCAUAAUUCUAUGCAUGAGAAUGCAAAGACCAUGUAUAUAAUGAAAAUGUGGGAGAGAGAUGAUGUCCUCAGGGGAUAUCCUUCAUAAGGAUGUUAAGUUACAAAUAAUUUUUAUAUGCAUUGCUUAUAUACGUAGUAGUAGCCUUGCCCAAAGACAUUCUUAUAGAUAAUAAGAAUAUCGUUGAUAAUUUCACAUAAUUCACAGCAUAUUUUGUUUGUGAGAAUAUUUAAUUCAUGCUUAAUAGUAGGCUUAACCAAUAAAUAAAAAGGCUCAGUAUAUGCCUUACACAUGAGACUGGGGGUUUGAGUAAUGUGAUCUAUGUUAUGCAAGAGUGCUGAACUACUUUUUUGUAAUUUGUAAUCAUUUAUAAUGCUGAUUGUGACUUAAAGCGUUGCAGUAUUGUUUUUUUAGUAUAACAUUAAAAUAAUGCAGUGCAUUGGGAUACUCAUAUUACAAUCAGUAAAAGAAAAUCUAUCAAUACCUUAUUUCAGGGAUUGGCAACCUUCUCAUUGCCAAGGGCCACAAAUGAAUAAUGUGCACAGGAAGGAAAACUAUUUUUUUGACUUAUAAAAUAUAGCCUGGUAUUUACUUGACAAGUCAAUUGUUAAUUUUAUAAAACUCGGUCAUUAAUACCACAGUAAUUUUUAUACUGUUUUGUUAAGUGUCGUGUCGUAUGGUUUGAACAAUGGAACAAUGUACCUUUACAAAAUAAUGCACUUUUAAGAGGCCUACAUCUACAAAAUCUUUGUUUCAUUAAAAUAUUUUUGUUAUUUUUUCUUACACAUGGAUAAUAUAUAUGUGUAUUAUAUCUGUGUUUUCCUCGAUUACAGAAAUUUUUGCCUUUCUCAAACUGGUAACUUUCAAAAUCAUGCGAUAUGAUGGGAUAAAAAGUUGUGAGGGCCACAUGCAGGUUGCCGACCCCUGCGUUAUUUUAUAUGAAAUGUGAUAGGUAAGGAAUGUGUUUACAUUAUAUACAGUAUCACAAGUUAAAUUGUGAGGGGGUUUAAAUACAUUUGCUAAUGUAGUCCUAACUUCUAGGUAAGCGACAAUCUCUGGAAAAAAUAUCCACCAGUGUAUUGAUUCAGUAAUCUGAACAUGCCUUGUACACUUUGCUGCUUAUUGUGUUGUCAUAGCAGUUUUUCUUUCUUGUUCGUUAUUUGGCACAAUGGGUGAGACUAUGUCUCAGUGAUCUGGAGCCUGUAACCGGCCCAGUUUCUGCCUUGCAGAUGAUACAUAAAUUAAUAUGGAUAAACAGUGGAUUGAUAUUAACAAAGGAAAAUGAAAGAACUCUGAGGAAAAUCUGUUCAGAUGACACUUUGUCCACCACGAAACCCACUGGACUGACCUGGAUGUGAACCUGAGACGCAGUGGUGAGAAACCAUCAACUAACUGCUUUUUGUUCCAUAAGAGCCGUCUGUUUUUAAUGUAAUUUCCUUAACAUAUUGAGACUGAGGUGGAAGGUCAUCAAGUUAACCCUGUAGCUCAGCUAUUCUCACCAAGAGGCAAGAUUUGCAACUAUAUUUUUUAACAUACUUUUAAGUAUUGAUAUUUCAGUGGAAUUUUUUUAACAUGCUACUAGAACUGUUGUAUGUUGUGAGAGCUCUUCACCACUUGCAUGAAUUUUCAACUGGGGUUGAGUAUACUCAAAACUAUCCCUAACCCAACAUCAAAGGUAAGGUACCUGGGAAAGUAAGCGUAAUGCAAGUAGAUUUAGAAGAUUACACAUUUUGUUAGUAUUAAAAAGCAGGCAGGUAAAAUGUGCUGUCUGUUGAAGUGUUGAAGAACUAGGUGCUCUUUGCACUGCAUUCUCCGAAGCUGCAUGUGCCAUAAGUGUUAUAAUUAUUUUAGUACAUUGGAUUUUCAGCAAGUGUGUGUAUUGUAAAAAAAUUUACUUGUCGAUUCUGUUUAACUCUGAUAAGUUGUAAUCAAGUAUUACAUGCACUUGAGUGUUUAUUACAUUCAGUGUGGCAAAGCCUCUGUUUGUCAUUGUUGUGAGGAGAGUUUUAAAGCUAAAUUGCACAUUUUAUAUUGAGAGUAGGGAUCAUAAUUAGAUUUUAUACAUGUGAAGCUCGUUAUAUUCAAGCUUGUUCAGUCAAGGUUUAUUCAUAGUGAAUGAAAUUAUAUUUUUCAAUUGAUAUUAAACAUAUUUUACUGAGAAACUUUUUUUUUUGUAUUAUUUGGAAAGUUGUGGACCAAUGUAUUUAUAGAAAAUCGAACAUUAAUAUUUUAUAUGAUGUGUACAUUAAGUGAGUGGUUUGACAUCUGCAUCAGAUUUGUUUUACUUUCUUGCUUUGAAAUGUUUAAAAGCACACAGUUCUCUUCUCAAGCUUAACGUCACAUUCUAUGAGUUUACAGAUGUCAAACAAUUCUGUUAUCUUUUGAUGGCCAUGGUGUGUUUGUGGUCAUAGUGUAUUUAUGCUCUGUCCUACUGCACCCAUAAUUAAAUUAAAUGACAAUUAGUAAAUUUUUGUUUUUAGGAUUAUAAAAAGUUAUAAGUUGUAUAUUGCAUUGCUUAUGUCAUGUGAAGAGAAAUAUCUUGUUUUAAUUCAGGUUGAACUGAAUUAUAUAUACAAAGUCUAUAAAAGUGGAAUGUACGGGUAGGUUGUACAAAUCAGAGCUCUUUGUAAGUAAUAGCUCAAUGUAGCCAGGAAAUUUUUAAUCCAGUUCAAGUUUUUAAAUACCAAAAGCAUUUUUUUUAUAACAGCCAAAACAGUUCUCUGUCAUGGUUUCUGUUUAAUCCUUCACUGAUUAAAUUAUUUAAUCUGAAAUAGAUUUGAGGGUAGUUUCAAGGUGGGAUAUAUCCUUCACAGAAGUGUAACUAAGUAGAUGGAAUUUUUCCUUAUUGAGAAGCUAAUAGUUGCUCAGCUAAUCAAAUUUAUGCUUUUUAUGGAACCCAGAAGCUCAUUAUGGUGGUCACGAGAGAGUGCUGUGCGCCCUGUACAUGCAGUAUUUAUUUUUGAGAUUAGCAAUUUUAAUAUUGUCCUCGCAUCUAUGCCUAGGUCUUUCAAGUGACCAUUUCUAUUCAAGUUUCCUGACAAGAAUUUUGUAUGCAUUUCUCAUCUGUCCCAUGUGUGGCACAUGCCCUGCCUAUCUAAUCCUUGAUUUGAUUAUCAUAAUAUUUAGUGAACAGUAGUGUAUAGAAGGUUUAUCACAAAAAUGCUGCUUUUUCAAUGUAAUCAGCUACACAUAACUGUACUGCUGAUUACUUUGGUAAUUAUGAAAUAUGUUUUCCACUUAACUGUAACCGGUAAAGGAAGCAGUGAUCAUGUGAUACACCUUCUACAAAUCAAGUUUAUGGCAAAGAAACUAAGCUGGAAAUAUAUUUUCUGUAACCAUGAAAAAUUUGAAUAUUUGGAAAUUAGAUUACAAGUGUAUGAUAAAGUGUAAAUGAGAACCAUUCAUUAAUGGUGUGCAAUUCUUUACUUCUGAACAGUUUUCUUUUUGGUAUGUAAAAUUGUUUUAUUAUACCUACAUCUGUUCAUUCCAUAUUUCUGAUUGGUCUUAUGGGUCAGUGUAUUAAAAAAUGGGCCGUGAUAGCUCAGGCUAGUCACUGAAUAGAAUUUGAUUUGUGUUAGGGUUUUUUGGAAUUUUUUAAUACCAGAAUCAGAAGUGUAUUUGAGACCACUCUGCUUUCUGACCAGUGGCCACAGGGAGUUCUUUUCCCUUGGAAUAAGAGCAACUAAAGCGUAAAUCCGAUCACUAAAGUGCAGAUACUUAGAAUGUGUGGGGCUUUGUAUCCAUAUUUCUUGUACACCUUUGACACAUUUACCAUUUAUAUCAAAGAUAUAAGAGAUGAGCCAAAAGUCCAAAAAUAAACUAUAUGAAAGAAGUUCAAUCCAGAAUAAUAAGAGCAAUGACAACAAUAUAAUGUUGACACAUUCCUGUAUAUAAUCAUGAUGAGUAUGGAGUGAAUGUAAACAAAUGUGCAAAAGCUAGUUCACAGUGAAUUGAUAUACACAUCACUAAUGAUAACACACAAGGUUAAGAAUAAAUUUCAUCAACAAAAUAUUGUUUUAUUUAGUGAUUUUUUAAAUUUUUAGUGUGAAUUUGUCGGUAUUGAAACUAAAAGAUUAAUGCUCUUUAUCUUGAGCACCUUUAACAACAACAGCCAGAAGUUUAUCAGUUUUAGUACUGAAUCUUUUAAAUAAAAAUUACACAUUUUUAUCCUGCUGGCUGUCAGUUGUAUUAUCGUUGGUUUAUAUGGAAUAGUUUAAGCUCGCCCAUGUAUUUGUAUCAUUUAAUAAAUUGUACACUCUACUUUGUGAUGCUCCGUUUAAGCUGUCA